CAUCUGUCAUUUUUAUCGUCAAAAAUUCACUUGUCAAACAAAAGCGAAAGCAUUUUUGCAAUAUUUUGCAUAUUUUAUCGUGAACCAGACUAAAAUUAUAAGAGAAACAGGAAAAUAAAUAUCUUACCCAACAGCCGUCACACAUUUUCGUCACCAUCUCCCGAUCGAAUGCACGGUAAGCGCAUUUCUUUGCUUGUAAUUUUUCGCGGCCACUGGCGUGCUCGAAAGACGGAGGCAAACUAACCUAUUUUUAACUGUCAGCGGUUCAAAACAGCCGUCCGCGAUCUUUUUGCGUAAUCUUUGUAAUUUAGACCGAUGAGAUAAUAAAAAUCUAAUGUUCUGUGUUAAUUACGCACUGCCUGCAUAAAUGAAUGCGCCGCUAACUGGACCAGCGCCGGUUGUUUACUUCCACAUUCGCGGAAGCAUAUUAUUAUACGGAUGAAUUGCGAAAGAAACUAAUUUGCAGCACUCACGAAGCAUGAAUUAAAUUAAAGCUAGAAUUAUUUAAAUCUGCACAGUAACAUGGAGGAUGACGAUGAUGUCCCGACUCUCUCGGCCGAUACAUUUGCAGCUCUUCAAGAGUUCUAUGCGGAGCAGCAGAAGCGGCAGGAAAUAUUUACCAAACUUGAGGCAGAUGACAAACUAAAAGAGAAUGUGUUAUUUGAUGAAAAUUGGCAACUAAGCCAGUUUUGGUAUGACGAGGCUACAGUUCAGGCCCUGGUAAAGGUUAUAGACCGAGUAAUAUCAGACGGAGGGAGGGUGGCAUUAAUUUCUUGUCCUACCCUCUUUGUGCCAGUAAAGAGACAAAUUGGAAGUAGAGCUACAGUGUCCCUGCUUGAAUACGACAGAAGGUUUGAAGUUCACGCACCAGACUUUAUUUUCUACGACUACAACACACCAGACAAGUUACCACCAGACGUUUUAAACAGUUACGACUUAGUUGUGGCAGACCCACCGUUCCUUUCAGAGGAAUGCAUAACAAAAACUUCGGAAACCAUCAAAUUACUAUCCAAAGAGAAGAUUGUUGUGUGCACAGGUGCCAUCAUGAAGGAAAACGUAGAAAAACUAUUGGAUUUAAAGUUGUGCAAUUUUCAACCACACCACAGAAACAAUUUGGCAAAUGAGUUUUCAUGCUAUGCAAAUUUUAAUCUGGAUGACAUCCUGAGGUGAUAUUUAAAAAGUAACUAUGAACAGGCAACUUAUUUACUAAACCAAAACUAAUAAUAUCAGUAUAAUUUAUGGGAAAUUACUAUUAAAAAUUGUGUCUAAUCUGGAACUUAUACAUCUAGAUAGUAAGAAUAAAACUCUACUGUUGUAAAACACUUGCAUUUAUUAUUGUUUCCCUUAACAAAACUAUUACUUUGUUACAUUAUGCUGGUUAACAUCUUAUUAACUCUCGAAUACGAUAAUCGUCACUUUGCUACAUUAAAAAUAUUCAUUUUUAACAAUUUACCAUAUAGAUAUUGAUAAAGGUACAGGGUUACUCUAUCCUAGCGCGGACAAAAUAGAUAUCUAAGAUAGAUUUUGUAAUAAUGAAUUGACAUUAAAUAUUAUCAUGUCUUAACAGGAAUUAUUGUAAAAGUUAUACAUCUCUACAUGCAAAAAUGGCCAGCAGUAAAGAAUAUCGUUAUUAGUUUCCUUCAAUGGGAUAAAAUAAUGACCGAUUGACUUUAGUGCUGGCACUAAAUCUGCAUAACAAUAUUAUAAGUCGGAUAGAGUACAUUAUUCUGUAUACAAUAAUUUUGAAAAAUAGUAAUUUCUAUUUAAAUAUGUAUGAUAGAGUAAUCCUCCACUAAUAAUCGUCGAUACUUCGAAUAACAAGAAUUACAUUAAUCACAUUAUGAAUCGUUUAAACUAGCAAUGUCAUCAUUUCAGAGUUUAUGCUAUGUCUAACAAACAAAUAAAAAUUGAUACACCUACAGUAACUUGAAAAAGUAUAGGCAAUCAGCGCUGCAGUUAUGAGCACAAAUUAUUUUAAUGACAUAUUUCAACAAAUAAUAUUGCAUUCUUCAUCUUUUAAAACAACGGAAUUGCAUCCGCAAUUUGUGAAUACUCAAAAGUGCAAAACAUUCCAUAAGUAGAAUCUGUAUAAGUAUGAUAGAUAACACUGCAGUGCUGAUAAUCUUUUAUAACAUUCUACGAGGGCAGUUAUUUGUAUAGGCCAUGUGAUGUGGCGUCAUUACGUUUAAUGGACAUUUUAAACUACAAUAAAUUCUCCGUUUCUAUUACAAUAAAAUAAAUAAUCAUUUACAUUUUAAUUUAUUCAUUACUUAUACUUAAUAAUGAUUUGGUGUUUAAAUACCUACAGUUUGCGUUUGAAAAAUAGAUAUUUUAUAUGUACAAAACUAUACAUAGAUAUCAUUUCUAUAUAGAAAAGAUAAAGUAGAUACUAUAUGUAUAUAGUAAUUUAAAAAUAUAUUCAAGAAAAUAAAGGCCACAAACAAAAUUCAUGUGGAUUAUGUAAAUAAGGUUUUCGAAAGAGAUUGCUAUUUGUUUGUGCCUAAUAAAUAACGAAAAAUCAGACUUCAGAGAUAAUAAUAAUAAAUUUGUACUAAAAAAUAAUAUAACCGCUUUUCCAUUAAAAUGUUUUUGAUAUAGAGCACUUAUUAUGUCCGAUAUCUUUUACUCGACACUUAAAAUAAUUAGUCCAACACCUGUAUUGGAGCAAUUAAUAAAAUACAAUGAAAGAUUCAAUAAUAACUAACUAGUAAUUCAUUAAUUUGAAACUAUCUACAAGGCCAUGUUCACUACUGGGUUAAAGCCGUUAUUUUUUUGUUGUUUUUCUUUAUAAGACUUAUUAGUAAUUCGCGUUCUCCUGGUUAUUUGGUUUGGUGCUUAUUGUCGAAUUUCUGCACGGAAUUAAAUUUCUUAUUAUGAAUUAUGUUCACCUAUUAAUCAAAGAAUUAAUAUUGUUUCUCAAUAAUAGGAUUGAAAAUAUAAUUUAUAGUCAUUUGUGAUAUCAACUUUCAGAUAGCUCUCUCGGAUUUACUGACGUGAUGAAAACAUGUAAACGAAUAUCGAAGAUACGCUUAAUAAAUUGCUUACAGACUAACGCUUACUUGAGUUUCAAUACUCGAAACGCAUUCUCAAUAAUAUUUGUAACAGAAACUAUUGAAAGAAAGAAAUAUUUUUAUGAUAGAAGUUUAGGUGAGAUGACUUCUAAAGA